AUUGAUCGGUAAAAAUUAAAUUUUAUUACAAAAAAAGACCACGAUAUGAUAAAACGAUUUGUGUUUUUAUCCAAAUUUCAUCAUUGCAAAAGCUCAAAAUAAUUAAAUUAAGGGUGACAAUAGGGCAAAAGCUUUCUAAAGCACAGCUAGUAUUUAUCCUUUCUAUCUGUCCAUUAAUUAAAUAGUGCAUCUUUUUUUCCCCAACGAGAAAAAAAUCUCUCUGCCCUUUCCACUCUCAUUUUUCUGUUCUUUCUUAUUAUAAUAUUUUUUAUAAUUUUCUGUUUUUUUUCUCAUAUAUAAUUGAUUAAUUUCCCCUUUAUGUGUACUCCCUGCAAAUCUAUCUCAUUUCAUCACUCAAGGACAUAGGCUCUUCCAUUUUCUUCUGUCUAAGAGAUCUGAGAUAUUUUGUUCUCACGUACGUUUUCCUGUCAAAGAAGGAUCUCUUCUGAAAGCUCCGCCUUCCAUUUUUGCUUAUUUCCGCUCCUUUUGGACAUCAUGGCUGUGGAGCUUGCUGAUUCUAGCUUUGCGAUUGUUGAGCCAAAAGGGUCCAGCGAUAAUAAAAAGGUGAACAUAAUGUUUGGCUCUCACAGUGUGGACGAGCCAGUUAAAGUCGAAAAUAAUUUGGCUGAGUCCAAUAUUCCUAAGGAUGCUGUUGAUGAGUGGCCCGAUACAAAGUUCCACUCUUUCUAUCUUGUCAGAUAUCGGGCAAUGGAGGACCAGAAUCUGAGGGCCAAAAUGGAUUUGGCCGAGAAAGAGCUGCAGAAGAAGAAUCAGGCUCGGUUGCAGAUUGUUGAAAAAAUAAAAGCUAAAAGGGCCGAUCGAGCUCAGAUUAUAAGCCAGCUAAGAUCACUAGGUGUUGAGAACAAACAGUUCAGGAAUAUAAUGGAUGAAAAAAGAAAAGAAAUGGAACCUCUUCAGCAGGCUCUGGGCAAGCUGAGGGGUUCGGGUGGUGGAGAGAAAGGCCCAAACAUAUGCUCAUCUGAGGAAGAACUCAAUUAUCUUAUUAAAAGUUUACAAUACCGAAUUCAGCACGAAAGCAUUCCUCUCACCGAAGAGAAACAGAUCCUAAGGGAAAUAAAGCAACUUGAGGGCACAAGGCAAAAGGUAAUUGCAAAUGCUGCUGAGAGAGCAAGGAUUGAAGACUCGUUGGGCGAAAAAGAGGCGAUUCAAGGCCAGGUCAAAUUGAUCGGUGUUGGGCUUGAUGGCGUUCGAAAGGAAAAACAGGUGAUCAAUGCCAAGCUUAAGCAGCUGGACGAGGAAAAACUGGCUAUAGAGAAAGAUAUUAAUGUUUUGGAGGGUGAAUUAAAUGCGAUUACAGAAAAAAGGGAUAAAAUAUUCGAAACCAUUAAGGAUAUGAGGAAACAACGAGAGGAAGGGAAUUCCCCUUUUUACCAAAACCGCGCUCUCCUGACAAAAGCCAAAGCUCUGGCGGCCAACAAAGAAGUCGAUGCGCUUAAAGAGCUUUCCGAAACAGAGGUAGACAAGUUCAUGUCCCUCUGGAACUCCAACAAGUCCUUCCGAGCUGACUAUGGAAAAAGGAUCUUAUCCUCGCUCGACAUGCGCCAGCUGUCCAAACCGAAGAUUGCCGAGAAAGUAGAGGCUGUGGGCCCCACGAAGGAGGAAUCAGACCCCACUGAAAAGAAGGCGCAAAAACCGAACGGGGAUUCUAAGAGCAAGAAAAUUGAGGUAAAUAGCGAGAAAAACGAGGAGGAAGAGUACUUUGUCGGAGAUAAACCGAAGAAGAAGGAAGAAGUUGACGAGAAGAAGCUGAAGGAACAGAGAAGGGAAGAGGAGAUUGCAAAGCGCAUCCAAGCGGAGGAGAGGAAAAGGAAGCUGGCGGAGAAAGCGGCAGCUAAAGCGGCGGAGCGUGAGAAGAAGGCGAGAAAGAAGGCAGCCAUUGCUCCCGAAUCUGAGGAACCAUUGGCUGAAGCCAUUGAGGAGGUUGCAACGGAACCCGAGAAAGUUGAGGAGAAAAUCGAAGCACCCCAAAAGAAAAAGGACCGAAAAGAAAAUAAUACUGUCAGGAGCAGAGGAGCACGAUCUAGAGGACCCGAGUCUCUCCCGAAAGCAAUACUCAAACGCAAGAAAGCAACAAACUAUUGGCUGUGGGCUGGUCCAGCUGUUGCUUUGGUGGUCCUUCUGCUUCUGUUGGUCGGUUACAAGUAUUUCAGUUGAGCAUCCUUAGAGGAAGGGAUGGACACUAAAACAUCAUAUAACUGUUAGUAGAACGUAUACAGACAUAUAUAGGUUUUUAAUGGAGAGAAUUUUGUUUGGUUUAUUGCUUGGUUUUGGAGAUGUUACAAGUUUCUUUUUUGUUAUAUAAUUUGGGUGUAGUUUUGAGUAUUGGCUUUGCUUGUGGAGUUUUGAUCUGCAGAAAUGAG